AUGGGCGAUGAUCCACUACGCCUGUACAUGCCAACAACCUAUGUGGACGUGAGCGGUGAUGAUAGCAGUUCUUUCUCUGAUGAUUCAUCAUCUGAUGAGUGUGCGCCUCCACAGUCGGUGAAAAAGUUUCUUCCUCCUCCUCCUGAAGAUAUAGCAUGUGAUAUUGAGGACGAAAUAAAAGAAUCAUCAACCAGUGGUGAGUGUAAUCUUUCGCAGAUGCAUUUAUUGGUAGUUCCCCCUAGUUUACCUCUGGAGUUCCUGGCUACCCUCAUUCUCUCCGAUAAUAAACUGAGUGAACUCAAUGAGGAAAUGUUUGAAGGUAAAAAUUGCCAAAAUCUUUUAAAGUUCGAUGCAAGCUCAAAUAAUUUGACUUCUAUUCCAAAAUCACUUUUAAAGCUAGCUAAAGUGGAAAUAUUGUUACUUGAUCAUAAUAAUAUAACUACACUACCAUUUGAGAAGAGUUAUAAUGAAAAGGAGGUCUUUCUACCUUCUCUUAAGCGGGUGGGACUUGAAUUUAAUGAUCUUCAAGUGUUCCCAGUAGAAUUCUUUACCUAUUCUCCACUAUUAGAGGAAGUUUUCCUUGGACAGAAUGACAAUAUGCUUGAGAAUCCUGUUCCUUUUAAUGAUCUGCUUAAUUCUCCUAUUGCAAAACAAGUUUCCUCAGGAGAUAAGGAAUUUUCUAACAGACGAGUCACGGUUAAGGUGGAUAACAGACCUCGUUUCCUUCAACAGGUAAAAGAAGAAUGUUGGGAUGUAAAACUUCCCUGGUUAAAUAUUGAUCUGCAUAAGGUUUACCCUGAUAAAGUACUUGGUUUUCUAUACCUUGGCUCCCUCCGAACAGCGCAAACAGUUACUGUAUAUCGAGACCUCAAUAUUGGUUAUAUUCUCAGUGUGGCGCGAGAUUUGGAUGUGCGUGUGGACCCGGGUAUGGAACAACUUGUGCUGCCAGUAGAUGAUCUUCCUGGAGAAGAUUUUCGUUCACUUUUUGAUAAGGCCUUUAAUUUUAUAGAUAAGGCUAAAAAUGAUAAUAAAGGAGUCUUACUACACUGUUUCGCAGGUCUAUCUAGAUCGGUUACUGUAGCUGCAGCAUAUUUGAUGAACCGUCAUGGCAUGACCCGUGAUGAAGCUCUUGCUCUUAUUAAGGAAGCACGCCCAGCGGCGCAACCAAAUCCAGGAUUCAUGGAGAUGUUAGCAAAAUAUGAAUUACAACUUAGGUCUACUUCUGAAUAA